AUGCGCCGACGACUGAAAUGUGUCCACUGGGGUCCCGACUCGAGCAGCUCCAACAAGGUCCCCCACGUGGCGGGGGAAGGCCCCUCCCCCGCGUCGCCGGAGAUCGCCGCGGAGAGCGUUGCGCGGGGGAUCGCGCUCGGGGUGAGCGCUGGCCUGCCCGACCACGAGGGGAUUGGUGGCGAGGAGAGUGACGGCCCGCGGGGGACAGAUGAUCGCCAGCUCCGUCCCGGUGAUCAUCGCGACACUCUGGAGAACGGCGGCAAGGAGAUUGUUGCCGCGGCUGCUGACGUGGCGGCGAACGCCCGCGCUCCUGACGCGGCUGACCAGCGGGCCGGUUCGAGGCAACCUGAGCAGGAACCCACGAGUACUCCGGCGAAGGGGGCUGGGGAACCGGUGGAAGAGGAAGAGGUAGCCCGCGCUCGAAGCGGCGGACGGGCUCACUUGCGGAGGGGCGCGCAGAGGCACGCGGACGACGAGCGGUAG